AUGAACUCGCUGAGACGUAGAUUGUUGCACACUCUUGGUGGCGAUGUGCCCACAGAAGCAUUGAAGAGAAGAGCCUUGGAAUUGGAGAAGAAAAGGAAGAAGAGGCAACCCAAGAGUAAGGAUCAGUUCAUCGUUCCCGUUCCCGAAUCCCUAUCCUAUCUCGACACCGCCACCAUGCCCAUGGUCGUCGCGGCCGUCGGAAUCGCUCUGUUAGCCAAACUCCUUAUGAUGUAUGAUGAAUCCAGAUCCCAAGAGUUGCUGGAGCGUAAGAUAAGGAAUGCUCCUGAAGGUCAAGGCACCAUCAGAAUGAUCACCCGAGAGGAGUGGGAGAAGUUCCGAGAAAUCAGACCCAGGACUCCUUUCGAGUCCAAGUUUUCGCGUCCUAAUUCCAGAAUCAGAACUGGAGAACCAUUGCGUAUGGAGGAUGUAACGGAUUGGACAACUGAUGUUCUCAUGGAUGCUCUUCACAGAGUAGAAGAGUACGGUAAACAUGGUUCUAAGUAA